CGGAAAGGAUACGCGAUGAGGCAUCUGCUAGCUUACGCGUUGAUUACGGGUCUGUUUUACUUUUCCGAAGGCAAACCAUGUCCUGAAAAAACCCGACCCCACAAAACCCGUUGCGACGCCUUCUACAAGUGUCGGGAACUGCCUUCAAACUCCCAUGUUUGGAUUCCGGUGAAAUGCAACGAGGGAUUGGUAUACGAGUCCAGUUUGGGUAGCUGCGUUCUCCCUGGCGAGGACUGGGAGUGCAUCACUCCUAGUGAGAUGAGCUCGACACAAUCGCCUAGUAAAAAAGAUGCGGACAUAUUGAUAGUCAACGACAUGGAUGAGGCGGGAUUGCGGUUAAGUGAAUCCAAUCCCUUUGACGAUGGAUCCGUUAAAAUUGUAUUGGAUUCUACAAUGAGCAGUGAGGAGACUGAGGAGGCGGCUAAGAACAAUCCGCAUUCGGAGGAGGACAUCUCCUCGGCACACAAUUUCGACUCCAGCGGCGAUGGCGAACUAGUGGAACUGGAUUCCCCUCCUGACUUGAAACCUGAGAAUCGAGAGGAGGUAACGGCCAGUAGUAUGGAGCACAAAACAGAGGUUGAAAAACUUAAAACAGAACUCAAACAAGUGGCUGGUAUCAGUGAAAUAGCUAAGCCAGGAUCACCUAUCGACCCCAACUUAACUGCCCAUCUGCAGAGAUUAUCCCAACUGAUUGAUGGGCUGCAGCAGACCUACCAGAAAACAGAUAAACCUCAGGCGGAAAUGCGUCCAGAUCAGUUGAACGCCUUCUUGGCUCACUUUGACAUCAAAAAUCGCUAUGAGAUGAUGAAUCCCAUGGAUCAAACUACUACAACUACUACCAGUACUACCACAGAAGCACCUAAAACUACACCAAAGCUACCUGUACCCAAUUCCAAUAAAACACGCCUGCAGGAGCAUUUAAGCCACCAUCGUAUGGAACCAGAAACAAAACUAAUGCUGACCAAUUCCCUGCCUUAUUCCUCGCAUGGUACUACUGGUCAGGGUUAUGCCAACUCCCAGAUAGUUGUUAAUCGUCCAGAGGGUUCUGUGAUGUUUGCCCUACCUUCCGGUUACGGAAUGAGUCAGGAACAGAGUCCUUUUUCUAGCCAUCAUCCUGUUCAAAGUCACGAGUAUAGCGAUCAUGAGCCCAAGAUAUCGGAGGAUACCUUGAAAACAGUCCUGGAGUUAUCCAAGCAGAUGAUAGCCGCCCAAAACGUACCCAAAGUCCUCCCUAAUCCGGGCUUUAAUGGUGCCUAUUAUCAGCCUAUUUUGCAGCCUGUUUUUGUUUCCCCGCAAGGCAAUCCCUUCCAGCAAUACUAUGGCAUGCCACCGCCCUUGAAUCCGCACUACAUGCAGCAAAAGAAGCCCAUGAUUGGAGGAGGUUCCUCAAGCAAUGGUUACAACAAGCCCAGCACCACCAUCAUACACAACAAUGUGAUACCAGUUCACUUAUCCAGCACAAGUUCAGGGGAAAAGGAGGUAUUGGAUACGUAUGGUCAUAGCUUAGGGGUAUAUCCCAGUAUGGAUAAGCAUGUGACUGCCAGUCAACCCAGUGGAAUGGAGUAUAUGACUACAGCCCGUCCGGUUUCCGUUACAACAGCUACUAGUACCUACUCCUCACAGUAUGGUUCUCAGUCUCCGUUUGCCAGUGAUUAUACCUUGACCACUCCCCGACCCUUUGAGCAGCAACCUUCAGCUGCCACAGUGGCCACAUACUUCACUCCAAGUCCUCAUUUGAAUGAACACAAUGCCAAUAGGGUUUACCAGCCAACAGAGUCCUAUCCCUCGAUGAAUAUGCCCAGACCCAUGGACAUGUUUCCAGGACAAAUUGAUGCGGAUAUGGUGAGCAUACGACCCAAUUCGCAAAAAAUCGAAAGCAUGGAGAUGGACGAAGAUAUGAUUAAGGCCAACUAUCAGAGUGCCUCUGGAAAUAGUAAUGCAAAUGGAAAUGGGAAUGGGAACACUCUUCCUCACGUACUGACCUACAGCAGCGACAUGAGCCAGCAAUUAGCACCUGGCAAUGGAUAUCUGGAGCAGAGUUAUAACCAUCAGCAGCACCAUCAUCACCCAUAUAUGCCCAGACCCAGACCAACGAUGAGCAGCAGUAUUUAUAGUGAUUCGGAUGGCAAUAUGGAGAUGAGCAUGUUUACCAGUGGUCCAAGUAUAAACUCCUUCAAGGGAGAUAACAUGAAAUAUCCGACGAGUAGCUCACCCAAUGGUCAGCUAGUAAAUUUCAAUGGCAACUUUAUUAGCCUGGAUGUCUUCCAGAAAUCCAUACUACCACUGAUGACCAAGUCAUCGUCCGCUUUGAACGAACUGGGUAAUGUGGAGGUAAUCACCUGUCAAGCAGGUGUAAGGCAGCCAAAUCAAACGGAUUGCACGCGAUAUUUCGUUUGUAGUAAAAAGGAUGGCAAGGUCCUAUCCUACUCCUGUCCCCCAUACACGGCUUUCAAUAAGCAAACUAGGAUUUGUGAUGCCACGACAUAUGCUCAGUGUGGUAAUGUGUUGCCUGCCUUUAGUGGAUAUACCAUAGAUAGUAAUCGAAGACUUCAGAUGGAGGCCAUCAAGAUGUUAAGUGAGGCAAAGAGAAGACAAGAGGCUGCCAUGAAAGCCCAAAGUUUAGCCAAUCUUCUCCAGCAAUUUGGUAGCACUCAGCCUGCAUCACCUGGUAUCUCUUCGAACAUAGAAAGCGAUCCCAGCGAUUCGUAUGUGGUUAACUUACCAGAAGUAAAUUUGGCCACCACAACUAGUAGACCCACCAUCAUCCAAAGUAGCAGUGGCUUGGGCAGUGGAUCGUCAACUACCGCAAAGAAGAGGAAAUACUACUGCAAGGAGGGCGACAAAAUCCCUGAUCAAACCUCCAUUUCCAGCUAUUUCGUUUGCUACAAGAAUGCUCAGGGCCAGAUGAAGGGCCACAAGAUGAGCUGCUCUAAGAGCCUGCUCUUCUGCCCCAAGACCCUCAUGUGCACUCUCGCCUCUAAAUGUACCGAUUAAUGUUAAAUUGUUGAGAAUUUUUCCACAUUUGCCACCUUAAGUCUUAAGUUACUUGUCUAGAUACUAAGUUAUUUAUUCUAGUUUUAAUCAAGACCAAAACGAGACCUAUUAAACUUUUGAAAACCCAGAAAAAAAAUAUAUAUGUGUUUUUGUUUUCUUUUUUGGGAAAGUUUCUCGUCUUAUUCUAGACCAAAUAAGACCUUGCCCU